GUAAAAAAAGUAUCGCAGAGAAACAUAUAAUUACAAAAAGAAAAAAUACCCUUCAACCCGACAAGCCUAGGGGAAAAUGAGCAAAUGAUCUCGUGUGGCAAAGCAUCAUGUCAACUUUUACUGUGUUUUUAUCUUUAAACACAGUGCUCAGCAGCAAUCUGCCAAAUUAAAAGAUGUAUCAGUAAGUAUUAUGGAACAAGGCAUUCUAGCAUCAGCAGUACCGACGCCAAAAACUCCAAUCUAUCAGCGCUACACAACCGCCCUACAGAAUGACCCCCGGUGUUCACAAGAGGUAGCGCUAGGCAGACGCAUCGGCCUGUACCGGUUCUGUGGCGAUAUCGGACGAGGCAACUUCUCGCGUGUCAAGCUCGCUGUUCAUCAAUUAACCAAAGAUAAAGUCGCUAUCAAGGUAGUGGACACCAGUCGUUUAGAUGCUAAGGCACUUCGCAUGUUGUCGCGCGAGGUAAGCACGCUUGAGUGUGUUUACCAUCCAUUUAUUCUAAGACUGUUCGAAGUGAUAGAAACAUUGGGAAAGAUUCAUCUGAUCAGCGAAUGGGUGCAAGGCGGUGAACUUUACAAUCGCAUCACGGAGGUUGGUCCGCUCAAGGAACCGCACGCUGCACUGCUUUUCCAACAACUGCUACUGGCUGUGAAGCAUCUGCAUAGUUUAGGUUUCGUGCAUCGUGAUAUCAAGGCGGAGAAUGUGUUACUAGUGAGCGAAGAACGCAUCAAGCUGGCCGAUUUUGGCUUCAGUACUCAGCUGGUAAACGGACCGUGGCAACAUUUGGAUACGUUUUGUGGUUCACCACCGUACGCCGCACCGGAGCUGUUCAGCGAUGAUCACUACAUCGGAGGACCGGUCGACAUCUGGGCACUUGGAAUAUUGCUCUACUUCAUGCUGGAGGGCUGCAUGCCCUUCAAAGCGCCAACAGUACCACUGUUACGGACGGCCGUGCUUAAAGGGGAAUUCGUCAUCUCCACAAGCCUGAGUGUGCCAUGUUGUCGUGUAAUUCAACGAAUUCUAGUUCAUACACCAUCGCGACGACCCACGAUCGAGCAGCUGUUGGACUGCCAGUGGUUCCGAUAUGCACAGGAUCAUGCCAGUCGCCUGGGAAGGGUGAACCAACAUCAUCAAACCACCGUCGGCCAAAUUCGAAACCCCAACAAUGUUCCUAGACGAAGGCGGAAAAAGCUGUUCUGGUUUUUUCCUGCGCCUCGCGAUCGCCUCUCCUCGCCCGAAUCAAACGCAUCCAGUCGUGAUAACAACCUUAGUGCUGCCAACAACAAUCAGCGUCACCGUAAUCAUCAUCAUCAGCACCAUCGGCACCAAACAAUAACGUCCUCCUCGACGAAAUCAUCGUCCUCACGAGACGAGCGCCUAGCCAAUCCUCCCGAGAUUCCCAAUUUGCGUACGAUCGCUUGCAGCACCAAGCGGGCGGCAAGUGUGCUGGAGGAAAACUAUCUGCAUCCGCUCAAGCCGGAUCCACGGGGCACGGCUGAUGCGACGGACACCACAUUUGUCACCGAGCACCAUCUGCAUCAUUCCCAUUUUAGCAAGGAUCUAUCCAACGAUGUGUCAAAUAAUAAUAAUGAUAACAAUAACGCUAACGGUGCGAAUAACUACAAUAAUCAACUCACCAACGACCCGGCUGGCGGAAUUAAUGGGAACCGUAAGGAAAGUGGCGCCAGUCAGGAGAGAAAAACGCGUCGAUUUUCCUUCGGCCGAACACUGAAGAAACGCAUCGGUCCCAUGGAGUUAGUGUCGGCGGAAAGUUUAACGGGGCCCGAUAAUGCAUCACGGCCCAAUCGUAUGAUAGAUCUGCGCGAAAAACUGCAUCGAACGAUUGACGAGGAACAUGGUCGGUUUAUGAUGUACCCGACAACGACCGUUUCCUCCGAGGGUAAUCGACAUUUACAUCCGCUGGAAAUGGAAACACGCCGCCUUAUGAAGGCUCUCGGUAUCACCGGAGACAUGAUAGCGCGCGCGGUAACAAACGGACCGCGCAGUGACAUCAUCGGUGUGUACCGGAUCAUAAUGCAUCGUUUACAACGGGAGCAAACGAGCGUCCGGUUAGCAACGACUAAUGGAGGGGCCUACGAAUUUCUCGAGUUGAAAUCAAUCAAUGGGACGACGCAUUCCGGUUCCAGUGCUGGGCGCAGCGGACCGAACAGUGGAGCAGGACGCAACACUGCCAACAGUCGGCGACAUAUCGAUCACAAUCGUGGAAGGAUCUGUGCCAUUCUUUAAACAUCUAACGAACGGGGCCAUGUGGUCAGGUCCUUACCACUGUUUCCCGCUAAUGUGAUAAUCCUGAUGGGAUUAAUUGGAAUCAGUUCAACUGCUACUAGUUACUAUCCAGUCUCGUAACGUACCAUUUCCAGGCAGAGAGGCGAGCUGAAACUGAUACUACGGUAUCACUAGUGUUGCACUAGUAGACCACCAAAAACCUUUAGAGGAUAAAGUAAUAUUUUUAGAAGAAAAUAACAUUGUUAACUGUUAGUUUUAGUGUACUCCGGUUGCAUCCUGAAUCGUCAACCGGUAGCUUCACCAGAUCACCAGACGCAGCCAAACGGAAAAUCGAUGUCUCUCUAUCCGCUCGCUUUCCCACCUCCCCGACGACGUGGCGGGAGCAUAGAAACAGCCUAAAACUUUUGUAACCCCCCCGAGUCAAAUAACAUUUUGCAAGGACAAACCAAUUUAGUAAUGAAUCGAUGUUAGGCUCUGUGGAGCAGCCAACCGUAUGGACUGUGCUCUUGUGUAGCUUUAAUAUAUUUAUUUUUCAUAAACAAUCAAAACUCGCUAAAAGUUUUAGGUAAAUCAGAAAAAAAGACAUGCAUCGUUCCCAAAAAUCCUACGCAACGAUAUGGCCGGUGUAGUGCGAUAUCAAGUUACUCGUUGUGUCUGUUGUUUUUAUUUCUAUAAACAAAUGAUCAAAUCAUACUAAACGUGUAAUAAAAUAUGCAACAUCGAAGCGGUAUAAGGUCAAACCAGAAACAAAUAUACAAAUUAUUGUAAACAUAA